AAAUUGCACUUUAUGGGUGUGACUUUUGCAGCUAGUUAGCUCGUGACUCCUUUCACCUCUUUCUCCCUCAAAACACACAGAUCUAUCUCAAAAUGAACCUCUUCACCAACAUCAUUCGUCCAGAUCUCCUAGGAAAAGCUGAAAAUGGUUCUAGCAUGGGCUUUGUAGUGAAGGCCAACAUUGGGAGUGGGAAUCCAACAUCAGCAGCAACACCAAGUCUACGGGACUGGACGCCUAAACAAGUUUCCCCUGUAGUGGAUAGCCUUUUAAAAGCUGGACACGAAGUUGUUGCCAUAGCUAACAUGCACGAGGUUGCAUUUGGGAUCACUUCUGAAAACCCUGCAUACGGUGAUGUUCACAAUCCCUGGAACCCCGACUACAUACCUGGAGGGUCUAGUGGUGGCAGUGCUGCAGCCGUUGCAAUGAAUGCUGUCCCAUUUGCUCUUGGAACUGAUACUGGUGGGUCUAAUAGAAUCCCUGCUGCUUUAUGUGGGGUAGUGGGCUAUCGACCAUCAACUGGGCUCUAUAGCACUGAUGUGGUUGUCCCACUCUCUUCAACCACAGACACUAUUGGAAUCUUUGCCCAAAGUGUGAAAACUGUCCAGCAAGUUCACAAGAUUAUAGUGCCCUCGUAUGACAUUCCAAAAUCGCCAACCCAACUAGCUAAUAAAAGGAUUGGAGUCCCUCGUCUUUAUUAUUAUGAAACACUAGACUCUGAAGUGGCCCGUGUCGUCGAAGCUUCCUUGAAAUGCAUGAGUGAGGCUGGAAUGGAGCUGGUUGAAGUCAAUAUUGAUGUUCUUCAGGAUGACUCCAUUAUUAGUAAUUUCUUUGACCUCGUGUUUUAUGAGACUUAUCACCUAAUACCGGAAUUCCUUAAGCUUCAUGGUGCCCCAGUUGAUUAUCAGGAGCUUUGUGAUAAAAUUAGCGAUCCUGGAGUGCAUGGAGCUCUGACUGCAGGCAGUAACAUCUCUGAAGAAAAAUACAAAAAGUGCCAAGCUCAAGCCGAAACGAUUCGUGAGUCUAUAAUUCAAUAUAUAAAGGAAAAUAAUUUGGAUGCUUUUGUUGUUCCAACGACUAUCUUGCCUGCUAUUCCAAGGCUCACUCCAAAGACUGUGACAGUCAAUGGGACAGAGCUACCUACCUUGAUUGCUUACGUGCAUAAUGCCUCACCACAAGCAAUUGCUGGAGUCCCAAGUAUAACCCUACCCUGUGGGCUAUCAGAUGCAAGACUUCCCAUUGGGCUGGAACUUGUAGGACAGAGGAACUGUGACGGAGAUUUGCUCAGUUUAGCUGAGGCAGUACAAGCUUUACUGCCACAAAUGCCACAACUCUCCUAUCAAGAUUUUAAAGAUAAAAACCUGAAAACAAAAAUUUAGUGGGAGUAAAUGGAUGAAACCUAGUAAACUUGCUUUUUUUUAGACUUUAGUUACAGUUUAAAACUAAGAUGCUAUUGUAAUUAUACCUAAUUUAA